GCUCAAUGCGAUCGUGGACACGAUGAUCGGCCUCGUCGUUUUUGCGCUCGUGGUCUUCUUAAUCGGUGCCGUCGUCGCCGCCCGCCGCGUCGCCAAGGUCCCCACAGUCCGUCUCGUCUCGACCAAGCAGCCCCCCGAGCUGAACAUCGGGACCGGCCUCACAUGGCACCUGUUCCUCUCGCACAUCUGGUCGACCGGUCAAGACGCCGUCGGAAACAUCAAGAGUGAGCUCCAGCUGCUGGUGGAUGAUCUGAAGGAUAUUGGUUCGCUGGAGGAGUACAUCCAGCACUCGCAAAUGAUCCUCUUCUUCCUCUCGUGUGGCUACUUCCGCUCCCAGGCGCGCUCUCGCCGCCCUAACUGCCUCCGCGAGAUCCGCUCGUCGCUCGAGAAGGACAAGCCGAUCGUCCUCGUCCAAGAGGCGGACCCUGCAAAGGGCGGCGCGACGCUGCAGGCGCUGCGCGGCGAGUGCCCCGAGGACCUGCAGCCCGACAUCUUUGAAAAGGGCUGGGCGCACACCAUCUACAUGCGAAUUGAGGAGUUCCAGCGCGCGGUGCUCCUCUGCUCGCCCAACUACCUGAACCAGACCUCCCUCCCGCUCUGCGUGCCGGGCGAGCCCGAGAGCCAGCCGCUCGCCUUUGCCAAGGAGACCAUGCUCUGGGCCUCGCCGGCCAACGCGGGUGCACAGGUCUUGGCUGAAGAGAUCGCCACCACUUUUGCCGGUCUCACGAUCUCCACCGCCGAUGCUCGGCCGGCCACCGUCACGCACAUGCUCCUCUACCUCAACGAGGACAGCUUUGUCAGCGACGCGCGGCUGGCCGAGCAGGUCAAGCAGGCGCGCCAGGACAGGCUGAAGAUCGUCAUGGCGCACGAGAACGACCCGGACCUCGGCGGCUGCCUCUUCUCGAGGUUUUUCGAAGUCACCCCGCAGGAGCGGGCUGGGGAGCUCAUCGCCGACGGACUCUACAAGGACCUCGCACGCUCGUGCUUCCCGGGGCCCCACCACCCAGUGUCGCUCGCGCUUCUGGCAAAGGACCUCGGCGCGACUCCCGCUCGGUCGGGCAGCGUCGCAAGCAUGAGCCGCCUCUCGGCCAGCAUCGCCGAGCACGGCAGCCGGCUCGUCCGCAAGAUCAGCCGCAGCAGCUCUGCGACGGCAACCAUCGCGGGCGACGGCACUGGAGGCGAGGCGACGGUCUCGGUGGACUCGGUGGAGCCGGCGGCCUCGGCGGAGGCGGCGCAGGAGCAUGUCUGACUU